AUGAUUGUGAAAACCCCUGAGAAGUGUUCUGACAGCCCUGAGUUCUCUCAGGCACGAGUAGUAACACACACCUGGGCUUAUUCGAAUUUCAAUAGGUUGAUUCCUUUUGAGACAGUCUCAGAUUGGGCCAAAGGGGUUGUGGCUGAGGGUGAGGACGAGUUAGAAGAAUACUCUGAUGAUGAUAUGAGGGAGGUGAUUAGUGUUGAUAACGAAGAGGUAGAUGGUCCUGAGCCCGUUCCCGUCUCUCCCCCUGCCCAAGUUGAGGGCCAGAAACGUCCCCGUUCUCUCUCUUCUUCUUCGUCCUCUUCUUCUUCCGGGGUUCUUUCCCCCGUCAACGCCAUCGCCGCCGCCGCCGCUGCCAACACCGCCCGUCCUGUUGCCAACGCCGCCUCCCUCUGA